AUGCUUCUCAAACCCCUUGCGCUGUUGGCAUGUGCCGGCUGUGCUAUUGCCCACGGUAACCAUGGCCACGACCAGAGCCCCAUCUCUGGACCACACAAGUCUCUGUGGUACAACACCUUGCCAGGCGAUGGAGGUACCCAGGCCGAUUCAGUCUUCUCUGGAAUCUCAACUUUUGGCCGUCUGCCAUACUUCCCUUGCCUUGCCAGCGACGAGGAGAAAUAUGACAUUGCCUUCCUAGGAGCACCGUUCGACACUGGUACAUCGUACCGACCUGGCGCUCGAUUUGGGCCCAGCGGGAUCAGACAAGGUUCUCGACGCCUCAAUCUCUACGGCGGGUAUAAUGUGCCCAUGAAAUCCAACCCAUUCAACUUCUGGGGCAAAGUCAUCGACUGCGGUGACAUCCCUGUGACCUCAUACGACAACCACUAUGCGCUCCAGCAGAUCGAAGACGGUCACAACCUUCUCCUGACCCGCACGCCCUUCACCGCCGCCGACGAGCCGGGCAUCAGCAAGGCAGGCAAGACGCUCCCGCGCAUCAUCACGCUGGGCGGUGACCACACCAUCACGCUCCCCCUCCUGCGCAGCAUCAACAAGGCGUACGGCCCCAUCUCGGUGAUCCACUUCGACUCGCACCUCGACACGUGGAAGCCCAAGGUGUUUGGCGGGGCGCCCAGCAAGCAGGCGGCCAUCAACCACGGCACGUACUUUUACUGGGCCUCCGAGGAAGGCCUGUUGGCCAACGACAGCAGCAUCCACGCGGGCAUCCGCACGACGCUCUCGGGCCCGUCGGACUACGAGAACGACGGGUACUGCGGCUUCACGCGGGUCGAGGCGCGCGAGAUCGACACCAUCGGCAUCCACGGCAUCAUCCACCGCAUCAAGGAGCGCGUCGGCACGAAGAACCCCGUGUACCUGUCCAUCGACAUCGACACGCUCGACCCCGCCUUCGCCCCGGCCACCGGCACUCCGGAGACCGGCGGCUGGACCACGCGCGAGCUGCGCACCAUCAUCCGCGGCCUCGAGGGCAUCAACUUCGUCGCCGCCGACAUUGUCGAGGUCGCCCCGGCCUACGACACCAACGCCGAGCUCACCACCAUGGCCGCCGCCGACGUGCUCUACGAAGUCAUGACCUUGAUGGUCAAGAAGGGUCCUUUGACCGUCGCCGCCACUCAGGCUGACUAUGUCCCCGAGGAGGUCGAGGAGGAUGCUGCCGACUUGUAG